UAUAUUUACUACCGCAGUAAAUAUUUUCGUCCUGCGUAAAAUUUAUUCCCCUGAAAAUUCUUCAAAGGUUUUGAAACUGAAGAAUGAAGAACACGAAGCAACAGCAACUGAUGAAAUUGGAACUAGCGAGCGAAACCAUUUCUGGAUGCUGAGAGGAUGGGAAGAGCGGGUAAUUUCUCAGAAAAGGGGCUGCAUUAUUCACUUUACCUUAAGGGGGAGUUGCCUCCUUGUUGUGGUGGAGGUAGAGAGGGGUAUAAAUCAUAUGAUCUAUUCAUCGACUGGAGACUACUUACGUUCUUUUGAGUCCACGAGCAGAGUCCAUGCUGGAACAAGGUGGAAAUCAAGAGAAAAUGCCAUUAUGUUUCUCAUGUCAGUGACCUCAGGAGGCAGCUUAAUCUCUGCAGAUUCAAUUUGUUUUGGGGGAAUGGAUCAUUGGACUGAUAAGUAGAAAUGGAUUGAGCAAUAGACAAUUAAUUUUCCAAUUGAAGAAUGUAUGCCGUUUGAAGUACCUGCAAUGGUCGAGCAAUAUACUUUCCUUCGUCACUUCUACAAUGAUAAAGAUGAGUUGGUCAGCACUGAACAUAUGAAAUGCUAUACCCACUGAAUGGGUGUCUACAAAAUCACCAACUCAGAAACAGAAGGAUAUGAGGUGAAUAAGGCCAUGAGAUUUACUUAAGGUAAUUGCAAGCUGUCCCCGCAGAUAAAAGGAAACACUUACAUUCAUAUAUAUAGCAUGCAUAUGAUUACUAUGGAUAUCGCAAUUCUUCAUAGACAUAAAUAUGACUGCCAUAGAUGUUUCAGAUGUACUUCAGUAUAGUACCUGGUUUGCAGUGACAACUUGGAUUAUGCAAAUCUAUUUGAGACCUGGUUUCCAUCUGCAUCUUCAGUGAGCUUGGCUUGGAUAAAGGUUAGGCUGUUGAUUGACAGCUAUGAAUGUGUGUAUGCUUGCGAUAUUUAUUACUGGGUAUUUGUAAGUUGGAAAAAAAAAUUAAACUUUGAAAAGAGUAUUAUUUUGAGACAAAUCAAAAUCAGGUACGUGUAGGCCGUAACGUCAUCAUUAGGUGUAAUUAAUUUGAUGCUCUGUGGCUAUAUAUGGAUUUAUUUAUCUUCUGCACUUUCCAAACAAUUCUUCUUCUAUCGAGCUUUGGAGUCAUCGCCUCAGUCUGUAUUGAGUUCAGGGUAACAGUGUAGAUACUUGGGAAUUUUACUGUAAUAGCGUGUUUGUUAGAACAAUUUAUCAUCAUGUCACUCUAGUAAAACUCUCACUUAAGGUCCUGCAUAUUUUGUAGUUUUAAUUUCCAUUACUAAGCCUCGCCUCCUGUACUGGUGAGAAUGGAGGCAGAUAUGUUGGUUUAAUGAAAACUUGUAAUUGCUUGAACUUUUAUUGCAGCAUCCUGGCUCUUCCCCUAGGAUAUGAUUCAGAAGCGACUAAAAAAGCUUUAGAUCGCUACUCCAUUUUAUUGGAAGACUUGUCAUUAUUUAAGCAUACGCAUGCAUACAUUUAAUGUGAUUCACCCUUUGAAGGUUUGCUGAAAAAGAAGUCUGCCUAUUCUAUAAAUUUUACUAAAUGAAGAUAAAAUCUUCCAUUUGUAGUAAGUUUCUGAUGUUGGAUCUUGUAAAUAUAAUUUUAUAUGUACUGUUGGAGAGUAACAGAUUGGGUUAACUAAUAAGCAUUCGCUUCCUCUGUAUAUUUCAUCUAAUAGAAAUUGUUUUGUGUUUGAAAAAGACUAUUGUUUUAUGUUGAAUGUCUGUCUGCUAACCUAAGAAACCUGCCUAACCCAAAUUGCUUGUAAGUCUCUUGUCCUCAAGGUUUCGGAAGAAUCAAGAUCCCUGUUGUCACAUCCUUUUCAUCAUUGUCUGGGUCUCAGGGAUAGUGUGGUUUUUCUACACUUUAAUAGAAGCAUCUAUUAAAAGGAGACACUUGACAUUGACAUGUAGGGUUGUAACGUCUUUGAAUUGCAUGUUAAAUUUCCUAACUGCAUUUGGUUCUGACUCUUGUUGAUCAGAUGGUUCAUUAUACUUUGCCUCUUAGCCAUCCCUCUGAGCUGCCUUCAUAUUUGCAGUAAAUUUCUUGCUAGUUUCAUAUCCACUUAUAAAAUUAAUUGUAAAUUAGGAAUGAGAUUAUGUAUAUGUAACUGACAAAGUGGUGUAAUCAAGAAGUUAUUCUGGAUCAUUUUCUAAAGUUAACAUAUAUAUCAACAAAGUUUGGCUUUCCAUUGCAGAUCAGCAGAGAAUGGCAUCAACGCAGCAUUUGAAACAUCUUUUGUUCCAAACCACCCGUUUCUCCCAGCGUACUAGCUCCAUGGUGGUUUAUUAUUUAUACUGAUACCAUUGCUCAGACAAUUUAUGGCAAACGACUCAGAAACAGUGUGGUUUGGUGCCGCUUGGAUAUGUAGCAAGCAGCUGAAGCAUUAUAAAGCUUUAUGCAGGAACGGAACUAAGAUACCUGUACAUUCAGUAGUAUGGAUUCUGGGUGGAGGAGGAAAAGACUACCUUGGUUAUGUAGAAGAUAUGUAUGAGACCCUUCAAGAGGAGAAAAUGGUAAGAGUGCGAAGGUUUCUUUUCCCCGAGGACAUCCAGCAUCUGAUGCCUAAGCUAUGUUCGGAUUCGGGAGAAGUUUUCAUCACUUCGACCGAGGAGCAGCUUAGUGCAAAAGAAAUUGAUGGUCUAGCUUCGGUUUUGACACCUAUAGAUUUUAAAAAGUGUGACGAAGUUCUUCCCCUUAAUUUGUCACUUAAAAUUUUUACUUGCCAUAGAGAAUUUAAAAGUAACAGUGUCAGCACCUUCAACAUAACUGAAUUAUGUGGCUACUAUGCACAACCCGUUCUCUCCACCCUGAAAUAUUUCUUUCCUGAGCCGAGUGAUGGUAUCGAAAAUUCUAAUCAAGAAGGAGAUGACUGUAGUCCUCAGAAUCAAGCAGUUUUAACUUGCAAGAGAAAUGAGAUCCUCAUUGGGGAUCAAAUUGUCUCGGAAGUUGAAGCUGAUCUGCACAAUGUAGCCAAAGAUAAUCAAGCUGCAAAACGUGGACCUGCUAAUCAGUGCUUGAAAAUCAAACAGGCAAUGAAGGGGCUUGUUCCAGAUAAUCCUUUGACUGGGCCACAGAAUCAUAUGUUGUCUCGCGUUAAUGAAAAUAUUGAGCUUCUUAGUCAGGAUAGUGGUAUGCGAGGCUGCUGGGUUAGGUGCAAGAUCUUGCGCUCAUCAACUAAUUAUAUGAGAGUUCAAUACUGUGAUGUGACAGAUGCUGACGUAGGUGGGAAACUGGAGGAAUUGGUGGUGGCACCCAGAGAGCCAGCUGCUGAUAGAUUGGGUCUGAGGUGUGAAGGACGCCUUACAGUGAGGCCAUGGCCUAGCUGGUAUUCAUCCGAUGCAAGGUUUGAGGUCGGGGCAUCAGUUGAUGUGUGGCGGUGCCCUGGCUGGUGGGAAGGUGUUGUCAUUGGUUUCGACCCAUCUGCUGAAAAUAACCUCCAAGUUUACUUCCCUGGCGAGAACGUGCUCAUGAGCGUGAAGAUGAGAAACGCUAGAGUUUCAAAGGAUUGGGUUGACGAAAAAUGGGUGGAUAUUAUGGCAAAUCAUGAUAUACUUGCACUGGUAACAUCAUGUCUGAAUGCAAAGCCAAAAGUGUCGCUUCCAGAGAGUUCUGGCGACCGAGAGAGCGAUUGAAGAGCUGGGCGUACACAAAGUGUGGAGACUCCAAGAUGCCCAAGCACAGCCACCUAGCCAUUAAGAUUUUAAACGCAGUACAACUGCUGGUGUAUGUGCACCACAGUAUGAUGAAUUACAGUACAUGUUUUUAAGGAAACUUCUCUCCUUUCUUUUUUCAAUUUUAUUUAUUUCGAGUCUUAA